AAUUCCUCUUGCGCCCGGUUCUUUGUCGUGGGAGGACGCUGUAACAUUUUUGCGCUCUUUUGGUAAUUUCUAGCGUUUCUACGUGUGGUUUUUUACUCUCUUGACCUCGACACUCUUUUAAGUAACCAAGAUGAGCGAAGAUUUCACAUCCGACUACACCGGAAACGAGGGUUUCAACUCUGGGGAGGCCAUCACUCAGGAGAAUGGCAAAGCCAAGGGCACGAACGGCUCCGGCGAUGGCGCCGGAAAGGACAGCGGCGCCGCCGAGGCGCCCGGCCGCGAUGAUGAGAGGAAGCUGUUUGUCGGCGGCCUCAGCUGGGAGAGCUCAGAGAAGGAGCUCCGAGACUAUUUCGGCCAGUUCGGCGAGAUCGAGUCUGUGAAUGUGAAGACGGACCCCAACACGGGCCGGUCCCGCGGCUUUGCCUUCCUCGUCUUCUCCAACACAGAGACCAUCGACAAGGUGCUGGGCAAGUCUGAACACAUCAUCAACGGUAAGAAGGUGGACCCCAAGAAGGCGAAGGCGCGCCACGGCAAAAUCUUCGUCGGAGGUCUGAAGCCCGAGAUGAGCGACGAUGACAUCAAGAACCACUUCUCCGCCAUGGGCACGGUGGUGGAGGUUGAGAUGCCGAUGGACAAGGUGAAGAACACACGCAAGGGCUUCUGCUUCAUCACGUUCGAGCAGGAGGCGGUCGUCCAGGACCUGAUCCGCACCGGCAAGACCAAGAUCAAGGACAUCGAGGUGGACGUGAAGAAGGCGACGCCGAAGCCGGACGGCGGCCGGGGCGGCAUGCGCGGAGCACCGCGCGGCGGCCGCGGUAUGGGACGAGGCCGCGGCGGCCGCGGAGGCUGGGGUGGCGGCUGGGGUGGCGGCUACGGAGGCGGAUACGGAGGCGGAUAUGGCGGGGGAUAUGGAGGAGGAUACGACGGCUACGGAGUGCCGCCGCCGCAGUACGCCGCCGCCAGCCACGGAGCGGGCCGCCAUGACGGGUACCGGGCGCCAGCGCGCGCCCCAGACGGACCCUGGCGACAGUGAACGAGCGAGAGAGGCGCUGGGGGGGGGGGGUCAAGAUGUGGGGGACCCGCGAGUGGGUGGGGACUAAAAGAAGGUGGGCGCGGGUUGGGUCUGUGGACUGAGAGAUGUAGGUUAGACCAGACAGUGGGGGUUCUGGACUCUGUGUGGCCUCGCUGCCGUAACUGAACAGAGCGCCUCCCCAGCGUCUUGUGGGGCGGGAGGAGAGGGCUAAGUGUAGAACGUCCCGCCGGCCGGGCGGCUGUCCGUCCCAGGCGUCUCUGGUACAAACUACCGACAAUUUGUCGCCAGUUUAAUUCUGCCCCCUGUGUGUUUGUGUGCGUGAGAUUGUACCGGGUGUCACACAACGGAAAGCUGACUUAGGUUCGCGUAUCUGAUCUUAGUUUUCGGAGCGUUUUGUACCGAAGCGUUGAAGUAGUUUGUCUUGAUUAACACACAGAAACGGGAAGAACGCGACUUGUUUUGUUGUUGUUCAUUGUGCAGAUGGCAGAAGCUUAGUCGUGUGCGUGUGUUGUGUUAGAUUAAUCCCCAGUUUUGAUAAAUAUAUUUUGUCAUGUCAAA